AUGUCCAAAGUUGCGACUCUCUCCACUCUAGCAUUGCUGGUUCAGUCUACCAUGGCUAGGCUUAUAUUUCGCUCAAGCCCCGAUUUCGGUUCAUGCUUCAAUCCUACUAUAGAAUACGUCAAAGACCAAGACGGUAUACCCGGUUACGGAUACAAGCCAGCAAAUGCAAAAGAUUUCGCCCACGGCGCGAGCCCAGACGUUGAGGCCAUCACGGAAUUCAUUUGCAGCAACCUCCAGAACGUAUGCAGAGCGCCAGCCACAUCCUACGACCUCUGCAAAGUCGCCGCAUCCAAUACCCAAGGGAAGAAAGAAAAGGACGCGGCUGAUGCAUUCAAUAUCGUAAUCACAUCGGCCACUCCUCCAACUUCUUCAUCUUCUUCGGCUGCUCCCUCAGAGACUCCCAACCCUACAGUCGAGCCAAAAGUCAACAUCAAAUUCUCAAAAGAAACUGUCGCUCUCCCUGGGCAUAUCGAUCCUAAAUGGUGGUUCGACAACUACUUCACCGCUACAGGUAUUCCUGCUCUUUGCGACGAGACUGCGCACAGAAUGCCGGACAACAACUUCUUAACCUUUUCUUGCGAAGGGGCAGACAAUGGUACCGUACCCAUGAUGAAGGCUAUUCUUAAUAGCGUGGUCGACGCUACCAUCGACAACACCACCGCCAAAGAUGAAGAACGCAUUUUCAAACAUGACGACUUGAUGUGCCAUGGCGAGGAAAAAUGUGUGAAAUUCCUGCCAGUCACUAUAUUUCCUCAAUCAGUACACGUUGCGGUCGCAAUUGAUAUUCCAAACACCGGCGGGGCUCUGUCUGGCAAUAUGAGGUACACCAUCUCAAAGUCCUCCUCUGAUAAUUGCAAGCUUUGUUCCUUUCUCUCUGCUGGCGGAGGAGGCACGGCUGCCUCGGCUAAGAUUGUGGAAGUUUUGAAGGAUACUUCCAAGUUUAUUUCUCCCGGCUUCGGGAUUGGGUCAGCAAUCGUAACCUUGACGUGCCUGUCACAAUGCUAG